UUGGCGCCACUGAUUUAACAAACUUGACUACUCUUGAGAUACAUUAAAGCCGAAAUUCUCUCUUCUUUAUACUACUGCUUGAAAUGAUUACCCUCAUCAUUCAUACCACCACUUGACAUAUGUUGUCCUCAAAUUAGGGUUUCUAAUUAAAACAACCGAAAACCCCUUUAUAAUGGGAUUCUAAAUACCCAUGAUUACUUCGCUAGAUUUUGUUGAGUGAUCCCAUUAAAUUGUUAGUGGUUAUUUUUAGCUUCAAGUUGAUUUUUCUUGUUGGGAUUCCGUUCCUUACAUUUCGUUUUCAUUUAAUUCCAACUUAAAUUUUCAGGGUAUCAAUUAAUUAAAAUCAGCUCAUAGCAAUAUUUAUAUAGGGAGAUCAGAUCUUGUUAGGGUUUUUUUAGUUCAAUAAAAUCACAAGUUGUAGAUUCAUCAAUUUAUAUAUAAUUAUCUACUAAUUAAUUAAAAUGAGUGAUUAUUGUUUUGAUUAAUUAAAUACUAUUAUUCGAUCGAAGUUACAGUUGAAAAUUUACAGUCAAUCUCUCUCUCUUCUUCUUCUUAGUAGAUUUGGGUUCAGCCAUUCACUUUUUUCAGUCCUAGGUACUUUAGUUUCUAAUCUGAAUUGAGCUUCAUCCUGUCUCACCUUACUCUGUUUUAGUUCAAUUCUGCUUUGAUAAAUUUGGCAUUUCUCUAGUCUCCCAUGUGACAAAAGUUUUUAUAGAUCUUAUCCUGAUGUACUCCCACUUUGGGUGUUCCUUGAAUUUUUUUUUGAGCUUCGUCUUUAAUUUGAUUCUGUUGCUUUUUUUUUUCUUCCCAUGGGAUUUACAGUUUGGAGAAUGUCUCGACCACUUCAACGAGGUCAUUCUUCUUGGAGUUCUCUUAGUAAAGAAGACGUAAAGGAUAAAGAAGACGACGAUAAUAGAACACGUUCACCUCGGGAUCAUACGAGUUUAUUCUUGCGUUAUCUUACUAGUUUAUUUUUGCUAGACAAUUCUAAUUCUUCGAAAGUUGAUAACGGAUUCGGAUCAGAUACAUUCACUAUGGGAGGUUCUAAAAAUCGUCAAAACAUUAUAAUGGUGUUUCUUAGAUUCAGCUUAGUUUUAAUUGUACUGGUUGCAGUUUUUGGCUCUCUUUGGUGGGCAAUUUCCAUCUCUACUACAUCCAGAGGUGUUAUCUUUAAGGGUUACAGGAGGCUUCAGGAGCAUCUCGUUUCUGAUCUUAUAGACAUUGGAGAGAUCUCUUUAGGUCCAUCAAGGUUAAAGGAAUUGGAAUUCUGUUCCAAGGAGUCUGAGAACUACGUUCCUUGUUUUAACAUUUCCGAGAAUCUAGUUUCGGGUUAUUCUGAUGGUGGUGAAUUUGGCCGUUUUUGUGGAGUUCAACUGAAACAGAAUUGUUUGGUUCUUCCUCCACUGAAUUACAGAAUACCUCUCAGGUGGCCUACUGGAAGAGAUGUAAUCUGGGUUGCAAAUGUUAAAAUUACUGCGCAAGAGGUUCUUUCCUCCGGAAGCUUGACCAAGAGGAUGAUGAUGUUGGAGGAAGAUCAAAUAUCCUUCCGCUCGGACUCGCUUAUGUUUGAUGGGGUUGAAGAUUAUUCACAUCAAAUUGCUGAAAUGAUUGGAUUGAGAAAUGAAUCUUAUUUGAUUCAGGCUGGGGUUAGAACUGUUCUGGAUAUAGGGUGUGGUUAUGGUAGCUUUGGAGCGCAUCUCUUUUCAAAGCAACUAAUAACUAUGUGUGUUGCCAACUACGAGGCUUCAGGUAGUCAAGUACAGCUAACUCUAGAAAGAGGUCUUCCUGCAAUGAUCGGUUCUUUCGCUUCGAAGCAAUUGCCGUAUCCAUCUCUUUCUUUUGAUAUGUUACAUUGCGCGAGAUGUGGGGUUGAUUGGGAUGAGAAAGAUGGCAUAUUACUGGUUGAGGCCGAUAGAGUUUUAAGGCCAGGCGGAUACUUCGUAUGGACUUCCCCAAUCACAAGUUCGCAGGGUUCACAUCAUAGCAAAGAGAAUCAGAGAAAGUGGACAUUUGUUCGCAGCCUUGCAGCAAAUCUUUGCUGGGAGAUGUCGUCACAACAAGAUGAAACCGUUGUGUGGAAAAAGACGAGUAAAAGAGAUUGUUAUGCUUCACGGAAACCUGGUUCUGGACCAUCUAUCUGCAGUAAGGGACAUGAUGUCGAGACUCCGUAUUAUCUACCUCUCCAGCCUUGCAUUGGAGCAACACUGAGCCAACGAUGGAUUCCUAUAGAAAUGCGAACUACCUGGCCUUCUAGGGCUAAAUUGACCUCCACUGAACUCGAUAUUUAUGGUGUGCAUUCAGAUGAUUUUAUUGAGGAUGGCUUGAACUGGAAUUUAGCAAUAUCUAAUUAUUGGUCCCUGCUCUCCCCACUUAUAUUCUCAGACCAUCCAAAGAGACCGGGUGACGAGGACCCAACCCCUCCCUUUAAUAUGCUUAGGAAUGUGCUAGAUAUGAAUGCACGAUAUGGUGGGUUUAACUCAGCCUUGCUGGAAGCAGGAAAAACUGUGUGGGUCAUGAAUGUGGUCCCUAAAACUACCUCUAACCACCUUCCGCUAAUCCUUGAUAGAGGCUUCAUCGGUGUAUUACAUGAUUGGUGUGAGCCAUUUCCGUCAUAUCCAAUAACUUACGAUAUGGUCCAUGCUGAAGGAUUGUUAUCGCUUCAUUCCAACCACUUACAUAGGUGCCCCAUGCUUGACUUAUUCAUCGAGAUAGAUCGGCUACUUCGACCAGAGGGUUGGGUGCUAUUCCGUGACAAAGCUUCUCUCAUAGGAACAGCAAGAACUCUUAUGACAAGCUUGAGAUGGGAGGCACGGGUGGUAGAAAUCGAGAGUAAUAGUGAUGAGAGACUGCUUGUCUGCCAAAAACCUUUCUUCAAGAGAAACUAAAUGAAGCAAAUAUACAUUCCAAAGUGAGAAAAAAGAGGUACAUAAAGAAAUAUUCAUUUAUUUUCAUAAAGUGAGAGCCACUAGUCAUGAAGGUUCCACCAUGAAAAACCGGAUAUUGACGUGAUUAUGACGGGGGACAUGAACCAGCGGAGCCCCGGAAGACAGUAAGGUUGUCCAUAAUACUUAUAUGUAAUUACAGGAACAAAAUUCAGGCAAGGGAAUUGAGGGAUCAAAAGGAUUUUGAGUUUUCCCUGUUACGUCUCUCCAUUUGUAACAACAUAAAUCAAGAUUGUAUUUCAAAUCAAAUUAUUCAUAAAGUAUAGUAGGAAAAAAUAAAUGAUCCCUUUUAUAUAAUGGGAGAGGAUCGGUAAACAAACCCAUUUGACAAACGUUUUUGA